UAUACUGUGACAAACAAAACAGGAAAAUAGUUCAAGAAAAAUGGAAAAUUCUCCUUGGACAGGGUCCAAUUUGGCGCCCCCCUAUUGGAGGGGGCGCUCACGGCCCCUUUCCGAGUAGCACCACUUGAGAAAAAUUUCUACGUCAAUAAACAACGAUGAACAGCAAAAGGAAAUACUAAAAGCGCAUUCAAGAACGAAGAAUCUUUGUUUUGCAUUACUUUUCUCAGUUCUUUUCUGUAAGCACUUACCAAAUUCUUUUGUUCUGUAUAUUCUGAAGGAACAUUAUUGUAAGAAAAGUUUCUUUUUAUCGAAGAGAAUGGUGAAUUGUGGAUUCGUAUACGUUUCCUUAUAGCUUUUUUUUUAUUUGUUCUUGGCAUUGAAUAAUUACAUCUGUUUCUGAUUAUUGAUUUUAUUUUUUAUAUUUUAUAUUUUUUUCCCCAGUGUCAGGUUUUGCAAUUUAAGUCAAAAGAUUGAAACUUUUGAGUUUUGGAGAAAAGAUGUGGAUUUACUUAACUGGUGAUUAAGAAAUUAGUGGGAUUUUUCAGUUCAGAGUGGAUUUCUGUACCUGAGGCUGUCUCUUUUGAAUUUUUUUUUAUUGAUAUUGUUUGAAAAAAUUAAUUUUUUUGUCCCUUUUCUUUAAAAAAUGUGAAGACAAUGGAAGUUUGUUUGUUUCCUCAGGGUUUCACAUAUUUCAGCUUCUUGAUGAGUCUAAUAUUUGAUCAUUUUUGCAUCCAAGGUUGUUGGUAUUUUAGUAUAUGUUGAAUGAAAAAAUAGAGGCCCAUUUGGUGACGGUGAUAGUUUAAGUUGUUCUUUAAGCUUGCUCAGAUAUCAUUCUAUGCGAGAUCUGUAGGUUGAAUUUGGGUGAUCCAAUUGAAAUAUGCUCAAACAAAUACUUAAUAAGAUUCCUAGAAAACAUUUGAAAUCGGGUAAGGACCAUAACCUCCCUUCAAGUGCAGUUGAUGAAGUUAUUUCAGCCUCUCAUUCUGUAUUAAGCAAUAGGAAUAAUCCAAAAGAUGAGUUUUUUCGAGAUAAGAAGUCGAAAGAAUAUGAAAAUUCGUUUACCGUACUGUAUGGAUCUUUGCCAAGUUUUAUUGAAGUUCAUAGUUCUGAGAAGAGGAAUUUGUUUCUUAGGAAACUUAAGUUCUGUUGCAUUCUAUACGACUUCAACGAUCCUACGAAGAACCUUAGAGAAAAGGAAAUCAAGCGGAAUACAUUGUUGGAGCUAGUGGAAUAUGCGACUUCUGCAAAUGUCAAACUCACGGAACUCGAAUUUCAAGAAGUCGUUAGCAUGGUGUCUAUGAAUAUAUUUAGGGAAUUCACUCCUCAGCCGAGGGAGAAUAAGAUUUUAGAUGGUCUUGAAUUGGAAAAGGAUGAGCCUGCAAUGGAUCCUGCAUGGCCUCAUUUGCAAAUUGUCUAUGAAUUUCUGCUAAGUAUGGUAGUAUUGCCUGAAACAGAUGUAAAAGUUGCUAAAGGAUACAUUGAUAAAUCCUUUGUUCUCAAAUUGCUCGAUCUUUUCGACUCUGAAGAUCCUAGAGAAAGGGAAUACUUGAAAACUAUACUACACAGCAUAUACGCGAAGUUUAUGGUUCUCCGGCCUUUCAUCAGGGUCGCUAUCAACAACAUAUUCUGUCGUUUUAUUUUCGAGACUGAAAAGCAUAAUGGCGUUGCUGAACUUUUGGAAAUUCUCGGCAGCAUAAUUAAUGGAUUUGCUUUGCCACUAAGAGACAAACAUAAACUCUUCCUUCAGCGGACGUUAAUUCCCUUGCAUAAACCAAAAAGUGUGGCGAUGUACCAUCAACAGUUAUCUUACUGUAUGGUGCAGUUUUUAGAGAAAGAUUGUAAACUUGCUGAUAUGGUUACAAGGGGACUGUUGAAGUACUGGCCAGUUACCAAUAGCUCGAAGGAAGUCUUGUUCCUUAAAGAGCUGGAGGAAGUUUUAAAGGCAACAAUGCCAACUGAAUUCAAAUGCAUUAUGGUGCCUUUGUUUCAUCAAAUUUCUUGUUGCUUGAAUAGUUUGCACUUUCAGGUUGCAGAGAGGGCUUUGUUCUUGUUGAACAAUUACCGCAUUGAGAAACUAAUCAUAGAAAACCGGGUGGUUAUACUGCCUAUAAUCUUCCCUGCACUGGAGAAAAAUUCUAGGUACCAUUGGCAUCAGGCCGUGCAUGGUUUGACACUGUCUAUCCGCAAAUUCUUCUAUGAUCUCCACCCUGAUCUAGUUAAGUUGUACUUGCUGAAGUUUCGGCAAGAUGAAUCAAAUAAAGAAGAGAUUAAAGAAAAGCGCGAAAUUACUUGGAAACAGAUUGAAAAACUUGCUGCUGAAAGGGCUACAAAAUGAUGAAGCCGUGCUUUCUUCCUUGAACUGGACUUCAUUUGGCUUGGGCUUAGAGAGAAAUGGCACUUUUGCUAUUUCCCUCUAUUUAUCUUUGGCUUUUGACUUGGUUGGACAGUAAUAUUGUUUCAUUUUUUCUAUUUAUUUUUCGCUUUCUUUCAUUUUUGAAUAGGAGGAGCAGGAGGGCCAUUUGUUUAGAGGAGGAUUGCCUCCGUAUUUUUCAGACAUUCUUAAUAAUUUCAGUUGAAUAGAUUAGCAGAUAGGCUGUCCAGGAUGCAGAAUUUGAUUAAUUUUAUGUAGAAUCUUCCUACUGUUUUAACUAAACAGAGAUUUUUCU